AUGGCGGAUGCCCCCGAUUUCGUGACUCUUGGCAUGUUCAUUAUCGACGAAUUCUCAUUUACCGACCAGAACGGAAAACCGACCGGGAAAACCUUGCCCUCACAGAUCGGGGGCGGCGGCACAUACGCCGCCAUCGGGGCUCGGAUAUGGCUACCUCCCCACAGAGUCGGCAUGAUUGUUGAUCGGGGUAACGACUUCCCCCAGGAUGUCCAAGAUAAACUCUUAUCUUAUGGAGCCAACAUAUGGCAUUUUCGCAACCGUGAUGAUCGUGGAACAACUCGUGCAUUGAAUUCAUACCGAGGACUUACACCGCGGGAUUUGCACGAGACCCGCUUUGCAUGGCCCAGAGCGUUGCACUUCAUUUGCUCGCCAACCCGUGCCCUUGAAAUUAUUUCUGAGGUUGAGCAGGUCGAUAGGUGGGAACCAACCAUGAUAUUUGAACCGAUACCUUAUAGAUGCGUCCCGGAAGAAUUACCCUCCCUCGUAAAGGUGUUGCCAUUCAUCUCGGUUCUAAGCCCGAAUGCAGAGGAAGCCCUUUCAUUACUUUCUAUGCCAACUCCCGUCACAAAGGAGUCCGUGGAGACAGCGGCGGUUCGCUUCCUGAAUAUGGGAAUGGGAAGUGCGGGGAAAGGAUGCGUCAUUAUCCGCAGCGGUGCGCUGGGAGCUUAUCUCGCGACCAAGGCCAGCGGAGGCCAGUGGGUCGAUGCUUUCUGGACACCAAAUGACAACGGAAAGGUCAUCGAUGUUACUGGCGCAGGUAAUAGCUUUUUGGGAGGACUUGCGGCUGGUUUGUUGCUCACUGGGGGUGAUUUCUGCGAAGGUAAGUCGACUCACUUCUGGGGGAUCUGUGUGGUUUCUCAACAGCGAGGCGUAGCCACACUCUACGCUGCCGUCUCGGCUUCGUUCGUGAUCGAGCAGAGCGGCUUGCCAGUGUUAAAAUGGAAUAAUGAUAUACCUCAGAGAAGGGUGGAUGCGUUGCGGCAGCGUCACCUUCAGCUCGACAAAAUACGCAAUAAAGAUCAUUAGAGA